GAGCGAGCGCGCAGCGACUGCGGCGGCGACCUCACGAGUCCCGGCCCCCCGCGACACUCGUCCCCGCGCCACCCCGCGCCUCCAGCGCCGCCCGCGCCCCUCGGCUGCCGCCCCGGCCCCCGGCCGCUCGCCAGGCCCCCAAGACCCGGCGCCCCGCCGCCCAGGACCGGCCCGCGCCCCGCAGGCCCCGCUGCCCGCGCCGCCAUGGGGGUGGAGGGCUGCACCAAGUGCAUCAAGUACCUGCUCUUCGUCUUCAAUUUCGUCUUCUGGCUGGCCGGAGGCGUGAUCCUGGGUGUGGCCCUGUGGCUCCGCCAUGACCCCCAGACCACCAACCUCCUCUACCUGGAGCUCGGAAACAAGCCUGCGCCCAACACCUUCUACGUAGGCAUCUACAUCCUGAUCGCUGUGGGGGCUGUGAUGAUGUUCGUCGGGUUCCUGGGCUGCUACGGGGCCAUCCAGGAGUCGCAGUGUCUGCUGGGGACGUUCUUCACCUGCCUGGUGAUCCUCUUCGCCUGCGAAGUGGCCGCUGGUAUCUGGGGCUUUGUCAACAAGGACCAGAUCGCCAAGGACGUGAAGCAGUUCUACGACCAGGCCCUGCAGCAGGCCAUGAUGGACGACGAUGCCAACAACGCCAAGGCUGUGGUGAAGACGUUCCACGAGACGCUCAACUGCUGUGGCUCCAGCACGUUGAUGUCACUGACCACCAUGAUGUUAAAGAACAGCCUGUGUCCCUCCAGCAGCUCCCUCCUCAGCAACAUCAAGGAGGACUGCCACCAGAAGAUCGAUGACCUCUUCUCCGGGAAGCUGUACCUCAUCGGCAUCGCGGCCAUUGUGGUCGCUGUGAUCAUGAUCUUUGAGAUGAUCCUGAGCAUGGUGCUCUGCUGCGGCAUCCGGAACAGCUCUGUGUACUGAGGCUCCGCCGCUCGGGCCGCGGGGGCCCCUCGGUGCCUGCAGAGACCGGGGCCGGGACGUUUCUGAGGAGGCUCUGAGAAGGCGCCGUUACUGCCUGUGUAUAUAACUUUUCUGGUAUUACUCAGCUACACUUAUUAACCUUUUUACUUUGGAGGUUUUGUUUUUGUCCUAAAGUUCCCCGUUACCUUUGGGGGCUGGCGUCACCUGUAGGUGGCGUGUGAGUGUGGGCCUUGGGGAAUGCAGCGCAGGGUCCCCUCCGCGUCUGCAGCCACUUGGGGCCUCUGCCGGCUCUGCCAGGACUCCCCAGGGGGCCGCAGGCACCUUCCUCCCGCCCACCCGUCCCGUGGGCCACAAGGCUCACGCCUUUUUUUAAUCCUUGUUCCCGUCCUGCCACCUCUCUCUAGAGCUGGAUCUAUGAACAGCAGCCUUACGCCUUCACUGCACCUGUCCUUUCUAACGCCUCACCUUUCAUUGUAAUUACAUCUUGAAAGUCAUUCAAUAAAGAAGGAGAAACCAGGCAUGCUAACAAA